AUGGUCCAAUUUUUUCUAUAUCUUACUCAUUCUUGCACUUUGAAGUGUAAUUUUAGUAUAGUUGGCAGCACUGAUUGUUUAUGGUUUCAUUUCGUGCUGCAUGCGUUGACGUUCUUCUUCAAUACUGAAUACAUUUUGGUCGGCCAUAUUUCCCUGCCGUCGUGCGUGUUGCGUGUGUCUAUUAUUGAAUCGCAUCUCAACGCCUUAGUUGCUGCUGCCUUGUCCUUAUCUAAACACGCUGGUCGAACCAGUCAGAAUAGCCGCCCUGGUACUAGAAGUGGGUCGCAGGGUGCGGGUGGGCUAAGUGCAGGGGCGAGCGGGAGCUCGGGGGGCGCGCACGGGGCGCAGGCCGGGGCUUCGGGCUCAGACAACGCCUGCGCUAGCGCCCUACCUUCGAGAUCCUCACCAAGCCCCAGCACAUCGACUGGGGCAAACACAAGGAACACAAACAAACCAGUACCCAAAGUGCAACUCGCCAAAAUGCGUUACGGCAGGGAGGAGAUGCUCGCUCUCUAUGACAGGACUACAGAAGCGCCAGAAGAGCUGAAAUACUUCGAUCUUCUGUAUCAGCCUAGAGGAAAACCACCAGUAGCUUUAAACACAUUCGAAGAGGAAAUGCGGGAUAACAUUCGCGGCGGUCCUUCCGUACCGAUGUCGACAGAGCGCUUCGGCAUCGGCCGCGGCUCGGGCAGAGGAGUGGUUGUGACGGAUGUGAGGGGCAGGACGAGGAUGCCCUUUGUGAGGAAUCCAUCUGGACCUUCUUCGGGAAGGGGCUCAGCGUCACUGCACUCAGGAAACGUCAAGAUGCCAGGGUUUGUUGGGCCGGAUGAUGAAGCGGCCUCCGCUCGGCCGUGGAGUGCCAGUAAUGGUGGCGCUACAAGCAGAACCGGCGAUCAAAGCGAUUGGACGACAAACAAAUUAUUCCGCAGAAGACAAGCAAAUAAUACAAAUUGGCGACAAACAUCUCGCGAUGAAGGCGACGAGUGGCGAAAUCAAGAAGGAGCCAGAUCAACCAAUCGAGCUAAUUUGGAUAAAUGGGAUCGAGAUUGGAGUGAAAGGCCGACGCAAGACCGGCCGCAGUCGUGGAACUCUAAUCGUCGCACUUGGGGCGGUGAUACACAAAAUGAAGAUAACCUACCGGAAUGGGCCGUUGAUAACGCGGAGGCCGGCGCGGGCACUUUCGACUCGUCCGGCGCAUUCCAUGGUUACAGCAAUGAUGAUUCUAACUUGCCUAAAACUCAGGAAUCCCCUUAUCAAUUAACCCGAUCACAAACACACGGCAGUUUCUCGCGAUCUAAAACAGUGGAAGAGGGCUCCGACGAGUGGUGGGCCUCGGAGAAGGCUAAAAAGUUAUCACCAAAAAGAUUUGAUACCGGCGAACCUAAGUUUAAAAAGCCUUCAAACGCCGGAUCAGGUGAACAACCAACAAAUGCUAGUAAGAAGAUAGAUCUAAACGCUGUAGAGGAGCUUGCAGGGGAGGAUUCGGAAAAAGCUAACCAACAAGCUGACUUAAAUACGACAGACGACCAAGCCUUACGGCAAAAGUUCUCCGAGAGCAAAACCUUCGACGCCCUAAUGCGAUCAGACAUAGGCUUUGCAGAGUCGAACGAUGAGCGAAGCAACUUUCAAUCGGUCAUAAUAACUCCGAAUAACAGUUUGCGACAAAAACAUCAGAAUAUUGUAAGCAACGAACAAACAGCACAAGCGCACAGUGCGGGCUUGCUGCACAUAUUGCAUGGUAUACCCAUGAGUAGUCAGAAACUCGACACCGAUUCCAAACAACCGCCCGAGGAAAAGAUAGUGGAGGAACUAAUAGAUAUGACUUUAGAGGAUACGACAUUAGCGAAUAUGACGCAUCAAGUCAACUCUGGCAUUACGCAAAUGGCCAAUUCUAAUAUGCAGAUGAGAUUGUCAAGUCCGGCGAUGCCUAUCAUGCAAAUGAACACGGCCCAACAAAUACAAACUUCACUGCCGAUACAAAACGUUGGGAUACCAAAUCAAGCACUAAAUUCAUCCCUAGGUCUGCCCAUAGGCCAAGGGAAUAAUGGCAUAGUAAUGCCACUUCAAGGAAAUCUACCAGUGAUACAAAAUUCAGGUCUAAAUUCUAUGGGCACCAUGCAGUCUAGGGCGGUGAUGGGAGGUUUUCAACCGAGUAAUGGUAUACCAGUUAUGCCUGCGCCUAACAUUGUGAAUAACUCAUUGUUUAUGGGUCAGAACAAUCAGACAAUGCCGUCGUCAAACGAUAUGGUGCAAAAUAACCUGUUCCCAACAAUGAUGCACACCACGCAGCCAUUCGCCUCCAUAUACGGGAACAUAAUGCCGCAGAGUCAGAACACACCGAAUGUACAAAAUCUGGCAGACCAGUGGUACUAUGAGGAUCCGAAGAAAAUAAUACAGGGUCCGUUCACAUCGAAGGACAUGUAUAAUUGGUAUCGGGCCGGGUUCUUCAGUCCCAGCCUGAUGGUGCGUAGGGCCUGCGACGCGCACAUGCGGCCGCUUGGCUCCUACGGGCCAGUAGUGCCAUUUGCGCAAUUGGAUGUGAUGUCGCCAUUCCCUAUGGGCGGAUUCGAAUCCCGACCGCAAGGUCACGACAUGCUCAACCAACAACCUGGCUUAGGUAUAGAGGGAGUGUUUAAUAACAGUGCCAAUAACCAACGUAUGGCUCCUGAAAGAUUCAUGCCAGUUCAACCGCGACCACCUUUGUCUCACCAUGUUAUGGAUUCGCUCUGGGGCCAACCAGGUCCAUCUCAGGACUUGAUGUGGAUGCAAGCGAUGAACGCGCGGAAUGAAGCCCGCGUCAACAACUUGCCAAUGUUCUUUUGGGACUCGCAGCCAGCAUCUGCGAUAACGUCUAAUUCGUUACUCCCGGAAGAGAUAGCCAAGGAGAUGAAAACGGAAGAUCAAAUUCUUGCUCAACUAAGAGCAUCCCAAAAUAUCCCUACAUCUACAUUUCUAAAUGACACUUCGACUACCACUACCUUUACGUCUACUUCGACAAAAGAGAGUUUUCCAACUGUAAACGCUACUCCGGAAUUAGAAAAGCUUCAAAAGCUUAUGCCUGACAAAAUGGCGCCUGCCGUUGAAACGCAGAAGGAAAGUAAUGAGGUUGAGACAAAAUUAGAGAAACCGGUGAAAGAACAAAGUAUAGUGGAAACCAAACUACAGACCCAGAAAGCUCCGUCGGAACCUAAGUUAAAACCGAACAAGGAAGUAGAGAAGCAGAAGACUAAAGAUAACGGAACUAAGACUAAGAAAAAGAAGGAAGAUAAAAAAGAGGAAGUUAUUGAAAAGAAGGAAGAAGAGGUUAAAGCUGAGAAAGCGUCGGUGGAUUCUUCGCCAUCUAAAAAUAAAAAGGAAGAUAAGCAAAGCAAAAAAGAACUGGAGAAAGAGAAGAAGGAAUGGAUUAAGGAAGGCUUUACAAUCGUUAAGGGCCCAGAAAAGAAUAAUAGUAAGGAAAAUAAAAAGAAAGUCGAAGAGGCAAAGGCAGCUGAGGAUGCCGAACGCAAAAAGAAAGAAGAAGAAAAACUAGCGGCGGAAGAAGAAAAGAAAAAGAAAAUAGCCGAGACAAUUAAGAAACAACAGGACCAGCAACAACGUCAAAUAGCCGAGUCUCUAGCAAAGAAAGCGCCAUGGUCUGCCUCACAGCUAGGUGCGAUGAACAAGGAUGGGCUAACGUUAGCUGAGAUACAGCGUCUUGAAAAAGAGAAGAAGUUGGAACAGAUGAAGGAGCAACAGCAAAUGAUGCAGAUCAUCGCCCAGAAGCAGGCUGAGGCAUUGGCUACGGAACAGGUUUUGCAGGAGAUGCAGCAGAACCCGGCGUGGGCCAAGACCAAGAAGUCCACUAGCAACAGCGUUGGCCCGAGCAUAGCUGCCAUACAGGCGGAGACCAGACGCCUGUCAGCGGCAGUGACGCAGCCUAUAGAGGAGCCUCCGCUGCCGCAGCCUAUACACGCGCCCUGGGGCAAUGCUCAAAAUGGUGGUUUCUGGGAUACACAGCCCAAUGCUUCCAAACUUGAUAAGCCACAAGAGGCAAAGGUGGAGAAGAAAAAGAAAACAAUAUCUUUGGCUCCGAAGAAAGAAACGUCGCCUGUCGCCGAGUUCGAGGGCUGGUGUACUACUGUGCUGGCCUCGUGGAGUACAAAAAUAGAUGUGCCAACAUUCGUCGGUUUCCUCAGAGACAUCGAGUCGCCGUACGAAGUUAAGGACUACGUCAAAUGCUAUCUGGGCGAGUCCAAGGAUUCCGGUGAUUUCGCAAGACAAUUCUUAGAGAAAAGAUCAAAGCUACUCCGCGUGGGCACAGUGACCCCGUCUGAUGACCUCUGCUCCCCUGCCAUUGCCGUCAACCCUCGAGCCUCACUCUCCGACUAUCAGGAAAUUAAGGGGAAAGGCAAGAAAUCGAAAAAGAACAAAAUGUUGAAAGUGGACGCUCGCAUCCUGGGCUUCUCAGUGACGGCGUCAGAGGACCGCAUCAACGUCGGCGACAUUGACACCGUC